AUCACACUUCCUGAUCUCCCUGGUACAAAUCAGAAGAGCUUCCUUAAUUUGGUCUGUAGCUCAGGGUACUCCUAACCUGCCACUAUGUCUUUUCUGGAUACUCUGCGCCAGUGGGACGAAGCUGUGACUUGUGUUGACAGACAAGAUCUGUCUGAAGCACUCAGGAUUUUCCUGUCAAUCCAAGAACCAAACUCCAAAAUCUGUUUUGACAUGGGCUGUCUCCAUCUUCUUAACCAAGACCUAGAUGCUGCUGAAAAGGCAUUUGAUUGCAGCAUACGCAAGGAUGAGCAUUUGGCUGUUGGCUUCUUUCAAAGAGGAAUCACAUUUUACAAAAAGCAGAGGUAUGAGGAGAGUGUAGCUGAUUUCCAGCGUGCCUUCAAAACACUGAGAGGCAACCAGCUGAUAGAUUACAAAGCACUGGGUCUCAGAUACAAAUUAUAUGCAUGUGAGGUUCUCCACAAUAUGGCCCUGGCUGAGGCUCAGAUGGGUCACUGGGAAAAAGCCCAGGAAAACCUUGUGAAGGCUCUUGAUUACAAGACAGAUGCCAAGCUCAAUAUCAUUGACAAAGCUCUGCAAUCCACCCUGAAACAGAAACUUUUCAAACUGGUCGAGUUUCCAUCAAAAGUGCUCUUUAAACCAAAUAAGCACUAUGUUGCUGAGCUGGAGAAGAAGGACUACCUGGGCAAAGCGAAGGUUGUUGCCUCCGUCGUUCCUCAGGAUGCAUUCUCUGGAUUUGCCCCAUUACAGCCACAGGUUGAAGAUGGUCCAACUCGUCCAAAAGAACCUGAGGUUCUAAGGGCUUUAGAAGGAGAACCACACACUGUCCUGUUUGAGUUUGUUCCUGAGACCAGUGAUGAGUUGGCUGUAGUGCCGGGCAAUAUUGUGUUUGUGCUGCAGAAGGGUGCUGACAACUGGGCAUCUGUGAUCUUCAAUGAAAGACGGGGACUUGUUCCUUACAAUUACCUGGAACGUUUGGAGAUCUCUUUGGCUUCUAAACAGAAUGAGGGAAUAUCUAAGCCUCCAACUCGAGAACCACCAACCAGACCUGAAAGGAAACAAGGUCUUACUCCUAGCAACAGCAGCAGUGGAGACACACAAGUCAAGGAUGCACACGACAAUUCAUAUAUUGUCAAAGUCCGAUUCACAUUCAACUUUGCUGUCUCAGUACCACCUGGGUCUCCUUAUGCAAUACUGAUCGAGAAAAUCAGUAAGAAACUGAAUCUCCCUUCUAGGGCAAUCACCUUGAGUUUAACCUCUGAGGUAACGGGAGAAAGUGUAAUCAAUGCCAACACAGAAAUGGAGAGUGUGUGGAGUUGUGCCAGUGCCAGGCGUAUCACCUUGUGGUGUAAGACCAAAGAGCAAACUGAUGGAAAGCCAGCGGAUGAGAUUCACUUCGUGGCACUUCAUUCUUAUGAGUCAUCAAAUCCAGAGGAUCUCAAUUUUCAGCAAGGAGAUACAAUCAGAUUCCUCUCUAGAGUUAACCAGGAUUGGUUGGAGGGGCAAUGCAAUGGGAAUACUGGUAUAUUUCCUGCAUCCUUUGUGGAAGAAGUUCCUGUCAAUGACCAGUAAAAGAAAAGAUACUAAAGCCAGUAAUACAAUGAAGUGACCAAAGCAGAGAAGUGGUCAGGUAUCCACUACCUAAACCAUUUUAUAAUCAAUUAAAUGUGAAUAAUCAGGGCCCAUAUAUUCUUUACCAAUAUGAUUGUAAAAGUGGACAAGUUGUAAUGUUUGGACAAAAUGAUUGGUAAUAUUCUGUGAUUUUAGCAAAUACAAGCAAUAUACUUUUAAUACCUGUAACUGAAGGCAGACAUGAUAAAAUACUCUAUUGGAGUCCUGUGAAUUACUGGUAAAUUAUCAUGAAGACGUUCCUUCCUCUUCAUAGGCAAUAGCUAUGCCUCUCCUGCCCUUUCCUGCCUUUACCACAGGCGUCUCUCCCAACUUCUGCUCUAAGCCACGCCAGCUUCGUUCUGCCAGGAAAGAUGCUGAAAAGAGAAAAGCAUAAAUGUGUAGUGUAAUACAAAGUUUUUUUUUUUUGCCAGACUGUAACAACUGAAGUAGGUCUUUGUUGUUAUGAGAAAAAUGCAAAAUUCUACAAUAAACGUAUGGAUGUUUGGAAAUGAAAAGCAAA